AUGAGGGCUAAUUCUAAUGGAAAUAUCAAGAAUGAAAACUACCAAGUACAGCUAAACUGGUUCAAUAGUUGUAUCAAACCAAAGAUCCUGACGCCAUACAGCUAUCAGCCUGUGCGAGAACGACCCAUGAGACCAUCUUCCUCUUCGUCUGCUGCUCCUGCUGUUGGUGCUACGAACCCACCGAAUACAAGGCCAACGCAGACGAUCAGUAGCAGUACAGCUCCUCAUGGCGCCAGCAAUGGCAUAAGCACCAACAGCAACAACGUACAUAGCAGCAACUACGAUCGUCCAAGCAAUAACCUCAAUUACAAUAGCAGUAGUACUGCCAAUUACACAAAUAACGCUAGUAAUAGCGGCAGUGUUUACAAUAACAGCACCACUCGAAGCACUUUUAGUAGUAGCACCAGCAAUUACAACACUGCCAACAGCUAUACUAAUCACAAUAGCCAUUCUAACAGUACCACUUUUGAAGGCAACAGCAGUGUGAGAGCGUCCAGCAGCGCAGGUGUCAAAAGAAGAGCAGAUGACGACGCCGAUGAUAUGAUUGACUUGACAUGUAGCCAGCCCAAGAGAUCCAAGAACGGUAGUAAUUCAACCACACAACCUCAAGACACCUUUGAGCUGCCUAGGGAAGCCUUUCUCAACGAGUACGAAGCCGAUUUCAUAGACGAUUCUGAUCUACCAAACCAAGACUUUGAUGAUGAUGCAGACUAUGAGGACAUGUUAGCUCAGGAAGAUAUGGCAUGGGCUAAUAACAACACAGUCGAGAACGAGAGCGAUUUCUUUCCUAUUGAUGAAAACGAGAUACUGGAUCUGGAUCACAUUGCUACCUCUUCGUCUCAUCCACCGAUGGAGAUGCAGCUACAGUCAACCAGGGAGGAAUUGGAGAUGAUUAUGGACACGCUCAAGCAGAAGCAGAACGAGAUCAACAACAGUAUUGUAGAGGGAAUAUCGAGGAAUGCAAGCGUUGCUGAACAAAAGGAGCUGAUGGAUGAAAGAGCGGAGCUGGUCCAGGAGAUUUCUGAUCUGCAAACUCGUAUAGACAAUUUGAGUGCUGGCACACUACAAACAGAGACAGAAUCUGUAGAUAACUACAAUGUGCAUUUGGUUAUAUCAGACGACGAAGAGUAUGCCGGUGAGAGUGGCACGGUAGAAGUGUCGCCUUUCUUUUCAAAUGCACCAACAACAUCAGCAACUAGAGCCUCUGCUGAAACUAUACCCGCGGUGGCCAAUGAUGUACAGCCUGCAGUUCCACCACAGCCUACUUACCCAUGGAGUCGAGAUGUGAAAAAGGCACUGAUACAAACCUUCAAGCUAUCUGAAUUUCGCCCCAAUCAACUGGAAGCUAUCAAUACGACCUUGAAAGGAGACGAUGUUUUUGUGCUGAUGCCCACUGGAGGAGGAAAGAGUUUGUGUUAUCAGCUGCCAGCCAUCAUCCAACGCUUUGAGAGACAAGGCGUUACUUUUGUUGUGUCGCCCUUACUGUCACUGAUGGAGGAUCAGGUAGAGCAGUUGGUAGGCAAAGGCAUUGCUGCUACCAAGCUCAACAGCUCUGUGGAUGCGGCUCACAGGAAAUGGGUGUACUCUGACCUCAAUCAACCCACACCAGCGACACAUCUCGUUUAUAUCACACCUGAACUACUGACAAAAUCGGAUCAGCUGCGAAACACCUUGGAUCGUCUGGAUCAGCGUAAUCGACUAGCGAGGUUUGUUAUUGACGAAGCACAUUGUGUCUCUCAAUGGGGCCAUGAUUUCAGACCUGAUUACAAGUUAUUGGGCUCCCUCAAGAAUUCCUAUCCAAAUGUGCCCAUCAUGGCAUUGACUGCCACCGCGAACGAAGCUGUGCAAAAGGAUGUUCUCCACAAUCUAAAGAUGCCAAGCUGUAAAGUGCUCAAGCAGAGCUUCAACAGAAAGAAUCUCACAUACCAAAUUGUGCCCAAGAAAAACUCAACCAUCCUCGCAGAAAUGAAGCUUUUCAUCAACAGCUUUCCGCCCUCACAAUCAGGUAUCAUUUACUGUUGUACGCGAAGCGAUUGCGAAACUGUGGCCCAGAAAUUGAGAUCUGAACAUGGCCUGUCUGUCAAGCAUUAUCAUGCUGGGCUGGCUCCAGCUGAACGCAGCAUCAUCCAACGUGAGUGGCAAACGAAUGACAUACAAGUGAUUGUGGCUACCAUUGCCUUUGGUAUGGGUAUCGAUAAACCUGACGUACGCUUCGUGAUCCAUUACUCUGUGCCAUCGUCUCUAGAAGGUUACUAUCAGGAGACAGGUCGCGCGGGUCGUGAUGGUCUCCCAGCCACAUGCAGACUCUACUACAACUUUGCAGAUACCAAGACACACAACUUUUUGAUCCAGAAAGGCGAAGGCAACUGGCAGCAAAAGCAGCGUCAGCGAGACAACCUCAACACCAUGAUCCGGUACUGCGAGAACGAUAUUGAUUGCAGAAGAAAGCAGAUUAUGGGUUAUUUUGGUGAACGCUUUGAUCCUAUGGAUUGCCAACGUAUGUGCGAUAAUUGUGUCAAGCGAAUGACGACUACCACAGUGAUGAAGGACCGAUCAGAACAAGCGAAAAUACUGUUGAAAAUCAUCAAGGCCGUGAAUCCUGAUCCUAUUACCAUAGCGCAAACCAUUGAUAUCUACCGUGGAUCCAAGAGCAAGCGAUUAUUGGAACAAGGAAGAGACAGAAUCAUUGGGUACGGGCUGGGUAGCAAGGAGACACGACAUGAAGUAGACCGUCUUUUGAAGAACAUGGUGCAUGAAGAUAUUCUUCAGCAAAAGUCAGAGUGUAAUGCGGCAGGUUAUCCUAGUACACAAAUUGUGCUGGGGAACAAAGCAGAUGCUGUGCUGAAUGGCACUCAAAAACUGCUGUUAUCAUUUACUACUGAGAAUCUAUCACCCAUCGUUCACAGCUCAGUCAGCAAUAGUUCAAGGCCAACAAUACCAUCAUCCAGGACGGGGUCAGGUUUCGUAUCUGCUGGAUCCAUGGUGAACAGACCCACUGCUUCAACAGCUCAGGGAAGAAUCCCCGGUAGACGUGUUCUACCCGUAGUCAAUAGUAGAGCGAUGUCGACCAUGAGUAAACCUGCCACGACAAUAUCCAGCAUUCGAAGGGCAACACCAUCUACCUCUAACAAUACUCCUUCCCCUGCUAAUCAUAGUCGCACUUCCUCACCCAUCCCCAUCAUUCGAUCAGCUGCUGAUAAAGCAUCAGAGGAAUGCCUCAAGGAAUUACAGGCAAUGCGACAACGCAUACAGGCUAGAAAGAAUAUUCGAAAUCCAGGAUCCGUUCUAACCGACACAGGAUUGAAGAGUAUUGCAAAGAAACUUCCAGUGACAGAUCGAGAAUUGAUGCUAGUGACUAAUAUGAAGGAGGAAGCUUACAAGAACUAUGGUAAACCAUUUCUAGAGAUAUCAAAGAAAUACUUUGCUGCAAAGAACAACAACAAAGCUUGA